UGGAAUGGUGAUGCGGGCGACAGUGGUAGACCCCAUCCGCCAUUGCUCGUCCACUGCGCAAUGAGAUGGCGUCUCGAAAAAGCACUGGCUUUGCAAGUUGCAUCCGCCAUCGCCGUCCUGUUUGCUGGUUUCAAUCGCCUGUAGGUUGCGAAGGUUUUUUCGACUAUGAAUCAGCUGAAUCCGGACAAUUUUUUCGAGUCCAUUCAUAACUCAAACAAUUUUCAGUCCUUGCCCGAUGUUCGCGCCAAAUCCACACGUCCUAAUCCGGAUUGGAGGAUGGAAGCAGAAGCAAAUGACACUAACACUGCAAGGAAAGUUCAAAAGGCUGAUCGUGAAAAAUUGAGGAGGGACCGUUUGAAUGAACAAUUCAUGGAGCUGGGCAACACCCUUGAUCCGGAUAGACCGAAACACGACAAAGCUUCCAUCAUCAUCGAAACUAUUCAAGUGCUGAAGGAUUUGAGGUCUCAAGUAGAAAGACUAAAAUCGAAGCAUGCCACGCUUACUGAAGAAUCAUCUGAGCUGACUCAGGAAAAGAAUGAUCUUAAGGAUGAAAAGGCUGCUCUUAAAUCUGAUAUCGAAGGCCUUAAUUCCCAUUACCUGCAAAGAGUGAGGGCAGUGUAUCCAUGGAGUGGGAUAGAUCAUUCAGUUAUAAUGCAUCCAUCUUCUUACCCCUUUCCACUGCCCGUCUCGAUUCCCACUGCACCUGUCCCAUUGCAGCCAUUUACAUUCUAUGGCAACCAGCAUCAAACAGCAAUGGCUAAUCCCUGUCCAGCUUAUGCUCCAUAUAUGACUCAUAAUGCCAUAAUCGAGCAGCAGCAGGGCCUGCAGCGAGGUACAAGAUCUCAUGGCUCCAGCAAACAAGAACUAAGAAACAAAUCUUCAGAUGGGGAUAGUAGAGUUGUUAGAGUCAAUGAUUCGGAUGACAUUACGACAGAUUUAGAGCUUAAAACACCUGGAUCUAUGUCCCAACAGGAUUCCUCAAUGAAGCCCCAAAAAGCCAAGAAAUUUGCACCGGACGAUCCAAGCCUUGCAGAUGGAAGUUCUUCAGGCGCAUGUUCGUCGACUCGCAGCGUGCAGGGUAUCUCAUCUAACAGUUAUAUUGGUGGCAAUACAACAGGUGAUUGAUGAAACAUUAGUUGAAUAAACCAUACACAUUUCUUCAUGCUAAUUUUGUUGCCUGUGUCCUAACCUUAACUGAUCUGUUCCCACAUCAUAUUGAAAUAUAGACUAUCUGUAUAUUGUUUCAUGUACUGACGAUGUGCUGUGUGAAUGUAUUUUGUAUAUUUAGAAGUAAAUGAUAGUAUGUGAUGUGGGAUUUAUUGUCAUGUAUGAAUAUUUAAUAUAUGUU